CUUCCAGUCUCCUAUCUUUGCGAUGUCAAUUUCGUGUAUUGAAUUUCCAAGUGUGCCUCAGUACAAAUUUUUGCGCUACGAAUUCGAGAUGGCACUUCGAUGUGUUCUCCGAAAGCUAACACCUUUGGCUUCUUCGGGGUUUACCAGGAAAGUUGGAUCGGCCACACACUAUGUGCCUUCAUUUGAGACAGUGCACAUGCCAGAAACUAAGGUUACCACGUUAAAAAGCAAUGGGUUUAGAAUAGCUUCUGAAGACUGGAAUACACCCACUUGCACAAUUGGUGUUUGGGUGGAUGUGGGCAGUCGCUAUGAAACGGAAUCCAAUAAUGGAGUCGCCCACUUUCUAGAGCAUAUGGCAUUUAAAGGAACUGAUAAGAGGAGCCAGCAGUCUUUGGAACUUGAAGUUGAAAACAAGGGUGCCCAUCUGAACGCAUAUACAUCUCGCGAGAUGACUGUAUAUUACGCCAAAUGUUUUGUUGAGGACCUACCUUGGGCUGUCGAGCUGUUGUCUGACAUACUGAAAAACAGCAGGUUUGAAAGUAGUCAAGUGGAACGUGAAAGAGGCGUAAUUUUGCGUGAAAUGGAGGAGAUUGAAAGUAAUUACCAAGAGGUUGUUUUCGACUACCUUCAUGCAACUGCUUACCAAGGGACUCCUCUUGGAAGGACAAUACUGGGUCCAGUUGAGAACGUCAAGUCCUUAAAGGCUGAAGAUAUGCGCAAUUUUGUCAAACAAAAUUAUAAGGCUCCACGAAUGGUACUGAGCGCUGCAGGAGGAAUCGAUCACAAUAAGCUCUGUGAGCUAGCUGAUAAACACUUUGGAGACUUCCCAGCUUCGUACAGGGAAGGUGAAGGAAUGCCAAACAUCCAGCAUUGUCGCUUUACUGGCUCCGACAUUCGUGACAGAGAUGAUGCUAUGCCUUUGGCGCAUGCUGCCCUGGCCUUUGAGGGGCCUGGGUGGUCAAGCCCAGACACACUGGCACUGAUGGUUGCCAGUAGUUUACAUGGUGCAUGGGAUAGAAGCUAUGGAGGUGGAUCUAACGUUGCCAGCAAACUUGCAGCUAGGUUUUUCAAAGAAAGUUCAGUACACAGUUUCCAACAUUUCUUUACUUGCUACCACGACACAUCAUUAUGGGGAGUUUACCUGACUUCAGAAAAGAUGGGUUUGGGAGAAUCUGUCCUAGCAUUCAUGAAAGAAUUUAUUCGUAUGUGUACUCAGGUUACUACACAUGAAAUUGCUAGAGCCAAAAAUCAGUUGAAGACACAUCUUCUUUUGCAGUUGGAUGGUACAACUCCUAUUUGUGAAGAAAUAGGUCGACACAUGCUUGUAUAUGGUCGUCGUAUACCUGUAACAGAAUUAUUGGCCAGAAUAGACGCACUCACGGAUGACCAUAUUAGGGAAACAUGCACAAAAUACUUCUUUGAUAAAUGUCCUGCCGUCGCAUCCAUUGGUCCAGUAGAAACAAUGCUUGACUAUGCUCGAAUUCGUGAUCAAACUUGGUGGCUGCGUUUGUAGGGAAACAGUUUUGUUUGUUUGUUUGUUUGCUUAAAAAAAUGAUUUAGAGAAACUUUUGUCCGUCAGAAAAAGAAGAAGAAAGAGGAGCGUCGCACUAUAUUACACUUACUGUACGCCAUUUAAUGAAUCACGCAGUUAGUUCUGUGAUUUAUAUUAUACAACAACUACAACAGCAACAAUAUUGUCUUGUGUGUUUUAGUUAGUAAUAUAUAUGACGACCUUUGUGGAAUGUAAAAUAUGGGAUUACGCUAUGAGAUAUUUUUUUCUGAGAAAUUAGAUAGUGUUUCGUAUUGUCGGCUGUCUUUUAUCACUAGCUUUUGUUUUUAGUUUGGAUAUAAUAAAACUUUAAAAUAACAUCGAAAGAAAUUGUAUGUAGAUCAUGAUAAUUGUCAGUCUAGGAAUCUGCUUGUUUGUUCCUCCGAUUAGUGAUACCUGCCGUUCUUGCUAGAGUUCAAUAUAGAACAAAAGGGUUGAUUAAUGCACCCAUUUAAGCAAUGCUGAUAGUAAUACUGUAACCGAAACUACCUCUAAUUGUGCUGAUUCUAUGUGAUUUAAUACAUAAUGCUAUAUACUUUUACUUUACUUCGGCUAUCUCCUACGGGGAGGAUGAGCCGGCUUCAUGAACAUCUCGAAUCAUCGCUGCCCAGGCGCGGUGAUCUGAUGCAAGGUUUUGCGACAUGGUUAUCCAAUUCUUGUUCCACAGACGGAGUCCGUAGACGGUUUGUAGCCCCAGGCACUCCAUAUCAGCCUUGAGUGUACCAAGCCAUGUUUUCAGCUGUCCACCCCUGCGACAUCGCUAAGAUGGAAAUGGCGAUGGAUUUAGAACUGAUUUGACCAGAUCGUCAUCUGGUCGGCGCAGAACAUGGCCAAACCACCAAAGGCGACGUUGUUGGACCAGUACUGGAAUUCGGUUGAUAUUGUAGAGAGUUCAUGAAGUUUCAUGGGAAUUAGGUACGAGUGAUGUCCCCAGAAUCGCUCGGCCUUUUGUUUGACAGUGCAGCUCUAGCCUUUACACAACCAAGUGUGACUCACAAGGUAGUAGGAGUGGAGUAGGGAGUCCACUAUCCAUUGGCAGCCGGUGACCGGAGUCCGGUCCAUACGCCUUUUUGAAUAGGGCCAGACAUCCAGGGCAUCCAAUAAGCCCAUUGUCCAUACAUCUGCCGGUGAGCUUCAUACGCCAGUCGUUGGAGGUUUGGAAUCAGGGUUUAGCCAUCUCCCCUAGACUGUCAUCCAAUGGACAGUCAACCCGGUGAAGAGCGCCGGGCAUCCGCUUUUGCCCUCUCACUUCGGUGAAAACACCUCCGCCACGUAAAGGCAGUGAGUAGGACUUCCUCAGGAGAGGCUAUGUAAGACACCCGGUCAUAUGGGAGCAUUUCAAGAGGUGUAUGGAGGGGUGGCGAACCCGCAGCGCAAGGCACCCACCCCCGACCAUCCUGAGGCUUUGGAGGCUAUAUACUACUGAUUGAUUGAAAUGAGUAGUUGAAUGCUAUUCAUAUAAAUUAAUAAUGCCCAAUUGACCAGAUCGAAGUGAUCUAAACAUCAGGCGGCUGUUUCGCUCGUUCGGAACAGAGGUCAUCAGUAGUGUACACAGCUUGAUAGCUGUUUCCAAUCUCUUAAUUCUUUUGAAUAUUGAUAUAAGACCCAUUGGUUUCAGUACUCGAAUUUUAGCCCACGGGUACACAGUUCGAAGCCCGCCUCAACUAUUUCAGUGAAGGCAGGUUGGCUGUGUCACUGACCUUAUAACAAUAAGUUUAGCUCAUGUAACGUGGUAUAUGAAAAAUAUGUUCCAGGCAACUGUGAUAAUCCAAUCAUUUUUCUGAAUAAAACAUAGACAUGU